GGUCAUCAUACGCAAUGGAUCUGUACUAUACUGCACUUUCACCUCCUUGUUGGUCGGUCAUAUUACUAAGCCGACAGUUAAAUUUUCCCCUCAACUUAAAACCAAUCGAUACUACUGCCGGGGAGCACAAAACAGAGCAUUUUCUUAAGAUCAAUCCGACUCAUACGCUUCCUGCGUUGGCAGUAGAUGAAUAUGCCAUAAGCGAAUCCCGCGCCAUUAUGAUCUACCUGAUGGAAUCACAAACCGAUGGCAACCACCCGUUAUAUCCGAAGGACGUCAAGACGCGUGGUCUCAUCCACAACCGUUUGGAUUUUGAUUUGGGAACGUUUUACAAACGAGCCAUCGACUACUGCAUGCCCCUGUUCAGGAUUGGUUCGUUGGGUCCCGAAGAAAACGCCGCCAAAUUGGACGAAGCCCUAGGUUUCUUGGAAGCUUUCCUAAGUAAAACUCAGUAUGUGGCCGCCGAUCACCUUACGAUUGCGGACAUUUCACUGGUAGCUACCGUGACUACGUUGGACAUAUGCUAUUUCGACCGGUCAAAGUAUAAUAAGGUGGCUGCUUGGUACGACACUUGCAAGAAGGAGUUGAUUGGAUACGAAGAUGUCAUCGGUGACAGUGCUGCGGGGUGGAGGAAGCUUUUCAAGAAGCCAGCAUCAGAAGCAAAGUAG